ACGCACGUGCCGGUUGAUUGUCACAGAGUUAUCGUUUUUAGCGUUUUAUUGUUAGUGUUCUUGUACCUCCUUUCAUUGCAUCACGUUUGUUUGUGUAUUGAACUUGCGGUCGUCUUUUUUGAUUUCCUGCGAAGAAACAUUGAUUAUACAUUAUAAUUGGAUCGCCUAAAUAAGUGAAAUAAGCAAAAUGAUGUAUUUUACCCAUUUGUGCAGAUUUCCUCGUUUUGGCAGCGUGAUAACGAUGUUCCCUAAAAUCGGAUUACAAGUGCAAUCAACGAAGCUGGUGCGAAAUUGUUCCACAAAAUUGUUACCCAACGAGCAAACUCCUGUCACGACAUCAGAGCUCGAAACCGAUAGUGAUCUUGUUACGUGGAACACAAUCUACCACUUUCCCGGCAUAAUGCUCACAGCUUCAAUCAAGCGGUUACGCAUGUACCCAAUCGGUUUGACUGCAGUUUCUGUCCCUGCUUCUAUUGGACUCGCAUAUGCCGAUGUUUGUUCUCUCGUGACAGCUCAGAUUUGUGGAUCGGUUGGUCUCGCGACAACUCUAACGCUACUAUUGUUUGGCUAUUUCACGAACAAUCUGGUCGGCUACGUAUACACUGACGAGAAACUCGGGAAAGUAAAAAUAUCAUAUGUGGAUUUGCACGGUAAACGGCAAAAUCGAAUAUACCUUGUUGAUGACAUUGUGCCACGAACGGAGUUUGAAAAAUCCUUGCUAAAAUUUUACUUUCCGAUUAAAAAUCAUGACAACGGUGAAGUGUACAAAAUAAUCCACCGGUAUGGAGAAAUCUACGACACACAAGCAUUUUCAGCGGUAUUUGGAAAGGAACACGAAUUUCAAUAAGCAGAAAAUUGUAGUAUAUUUUUUUUUGAUAGUUAAAAAAGAAAAUUGAACAUUAAAAUGUUAACAUGUCCGAAUGCAAAAAAAAACUUUCAUAGAUUCAGACAAUGAAGUCGCGAGCAGUUAAAGUGUC